GCAUAGGAAGCUUUUCUCCCCCACUUUCAGAUCUACCAAAAUUUGAAGACUAGAACCCCAAAAAUAUCCAAUCUCCUCUCCAGGUUCGCACUUCAUUCUGUUUAUAAAUUUGUUCAGUUAAUUCUAUGGAUCUCUGGUAGAUUUAGAGGGAUUCAUUUUAGCGGGAUUAAUUGCUGAAGAACUGCUGUUUCCUCUGAAGUUUGGAUUGGAAAAGGAUUUUAUCGAUGUGGAGUUCGAUUGCCAAUUUGAAAGAAAACCUCAAUCAGAUGGCACUAGAUGUCCAGGAUGCAGCAGAAGAGCUCGAGAUCUAUCGAACCAGUACUGGAGAAGAUCCGUCUCUCUCCGACCGACGUAUUUCUCAUCGAUUCGCUCAAUCCAAAUCACCCAUGCGCUCGCCGAUCCCUAAUGGAGUUGAUUCUGGCUUUCAGGACGAGAUUGAAAAAUUCAGAGUGGAAAUUCAGAGGCUUCAGGCAUCUGAGGCUGAAAUUAAGGCAUUGUCUGUCAACUAUGCGGCUUUGUUGAAGGAGAAAGAGGAGCAACUUUCCAGAUUACAGGAAGAAAAUGGUUCAUUGAGACAGACUGUGGAAGCAACAAAUACUGGGCAGUAUGUAUCUAGAAAUGGAAGUCCCAAGAUGCUGACUAGUAAUCCAAAUGUACUCAAGGGGAUCGACGACCAAUCACCCGGCAGGCAGUACAGGAUUACAACUCAAGCAAACAGUCGUUCUACUGGUAACCGGACACACAAAGGCACUGCCUUUACACAGGAAUCUGUAAGCAAUGGGAGUGCGCAGGUUCUUCAGUCCAAUGGAAUCGAAUAUGAAAAGGAGCUUGCAGAUUUGCUGGAAGAGAAGAGCAGAUCCUUGACAAUAAUGCAAGCCAAUCAUGAGUCAGAGAUUAAACAAUUGCGGAUGGAACUUGGUAAAGAACAUGAUAAUCUAGCAAAGAUACAAUUAAAAUUAGAAGAGGAGCACAAGCUGAAUGAAUCUUUUCAGAAGGAAGUCCAAAAUUUUAAGAUGGACAAGGACAAAAAUUCUAUGGAGAUGAAAGAGCUCCGCAAUGAAUUGAGUGCAAAAAUUUCAGAAAUAAGACGACUGCAACUGGAGCUGAACAGAAGUGACAAAGAAGUGGAUGAAACUGCUGAGAGUUUGAAAAGAGAAAUAGCAGCCCUGCAGAAGGAAAACAUCAAUCUUAAGCUAAAGAAGGAUGAACUUGAGGCUGCCCUGAAAACGAGUGGAAAGUCUUCACCUGAUAAAAAAUUUACAGAUGAUCCAGACUCUUCAAACAAGCAUUCAAAUAAUUUGGAUCAGCUACAGUCAUCUGGACAUUUUCCUGGAAAAGAAGAAAUGGAGCUGUCCUUACAGAAGUUUGAGACAGAUUUGAAGGAAGUCCGCCGAGAAAGGGAUAAAGCAUUGCAAGAAUUGACCAGACUGAAGCAGCACUUGUUAGAUAAGGAACUUGAAGAGUCGGAGAAAAUGGACGAGGAUAGUAAAAUCAUUGAAGAGCUUCGAGCAAAUUCUGAAUAUCAAAGAGCUCAAAUUUUGCAUUUGGAGAACACUCUGAAGCAAGCAAUGACAAGUCAGGAGGAGGGUAAGAAGAUAAACAAUAAUGAACAUCAAAAGGCGAAGGAAACAAUAAGUGACCUGAAACAAAAACUUGCAAGCUAUAUGAACACUAUUGAUGCCAAAAAUGUUGAACUUUCGAAUCUUCAGACAGCUCUUGGCCAAUACUAUGCUGAAAGUGAGGCUAAGGAUCGUCUAGAAAGAGAUUUAGCCCUAGCAAGAGAAGAAUCUGCCAAACGUUCUGAAUUGUUGAAGGAUGCAAAUCAACGGGUGGAGAUAUCAAGGCAGGAAAAGGAAGAUAUAGUGGCUAAGCUUUCACAAGCAGAAAGGAUGAUAUCUGAAGGUAAACGGACAGUACAAAAGCUUGAGGAAGACAAUAUAAAAUUACGCCGUGCUCUUGAGCAGAGCAUGACUAGACUUAACAGGAUGUCGUUGGAUUCAGAUUACUUUGUUGACAGGCGUAUUGUGAUCAAAUUACUUGUGACCUACUUCCAGAGAAACCACAGCAAAGAGGUUCUUGAUCUUAUGGUUAGAAUGUUGGGAUUCUCUGAGGAAGACAAACAGAGAAUAGGUGUUGCUCAUCAAGGUGCAGGGAAAGGUGUUGUUCGAGGAGUCUUGGGCCUACCUGGGCGUCUAGUUGGUGGCUUCUUGGGAGGAGGCUCACCUGAAUUACAUAGUCAUGUGCCAUCGGAAAACCAGUCCUUUGCAGAUCUGUGGGUUGAUUUUCUUCUCAAAGAGACUGAAGAAAGAGAGAGAAGGGAAGCUGCAGAAGCCACUGCGGUAUCCAAGGAUAGUCCAUGGGGUAGAAGCCCAAGCAGCACGGGGUCAACUGGUGCAGUGCCUGAUCAUAGAACAAGCACAGCUAGUGCUGCUUCUGGUUUCUCUAGUACAUCUCGGUUAAACAUGCUGCAACAUGAACACUCCGAGACAGAGUUCUCAACAGUUCCCCUUACAUCAUCGGUUUCAUUACCUUUAGAAAAAGGUUUCUGAAUCUCAAGGUUUCUUCCAAGGUACUGAAAUGAUGUGGAGGCUUGUAAUUAGGUAAAGGUAUAGAUUCUUUUUGUAUUUUCUGUAGUUUUCUCAAUCAAUUCUUUAAUCCAUUUGUUCAAAUGCAGAGGUUGUUCAGCGUCACUGUAUAGACCAUUCUCCAAAGGAAUGCAAUACUGAAUAUCACCUUAUGUGAC